AAAAAAUGAAUCUCCUCCGAAACGCUUUUGAAGACGUGACGUCACACGCGGGAGUUCUCUCAGCUGUCACGUGGGCGAGCAGUCGCUGGUCCCUAGCUACAAUUUCAGCGUCGUAGUAAGCGACAUGGAGGGAGCAGAAGGAGGGGACAAGAGAGACGAACGGCAUGAACGGGUUUUACGACGAAUUCUACAUAUACGCACCGUGCCUCGCAGUUAACUGUCGUCAAUUGACCGAGCUGUCAAUUGAACGCGGUCCGGUGGUCACUUAAGGAGCCUUUGUAUGCGCGGAAUAUCUUCGAAGGGGCGUUGGACCGCGGAGAGGAGGUCGCCGUUUGCAGUGAGAGAAGAUGACGAUGCUGCGGACGAUAAAUAGUCGAUCCCCAGGCGGACGGAUUCCUGCUCGUGAAUGCAGAUAAACAAUGUUGACGUGAGUCACGGAGGGAGAGCGAAAGCGCAACGGGAGAAAGAGAAAAAAGGAGAGAGACGAUGUUACUCCGCCUGCGUUAGAUAACGACGUGCUAAUCGCCGCUCGCCAGAACGCCGCCCCAGGAGCAAUGGACGAUGAACAGCCGGCGAGGGAGGCCACCAAGAUCUGCGGUGUCUGCGGCGACCGCGCGCUUGGCUACAACUUCAACGCCGUCUCCUGCGAGAGCUGCAAGGCCUUCUUCAGGAGGAACGCGCUGAAGAAUAAGGACUUUAGAUGCCCCUUUACGCAAAACUGUAACAUCACAUCUGUAACCAGACGCUUUUGUCAAAAAUGUCGUCUGGACAAAUGCUUCAGUAUUGGUAUGCGCAAGGAUUAUAUUAUGUCUGAAGAGGACAAAGUUCUGAAGCGUAAGAAGAUCGAGAAGAAUCGUGCAAAGAAACGAUCUCAAUCCGACAAUGCUAAAGCAUCCAAGAUCAAGAAGGAUUGCGUGGAUGAAUGUACGUUUGAAGACACGUCGAUGUCGGUCAACUCUGUCGCGUCACCGAUGUCGGAGACGUAUUUCUGGGAGUCGGACAGGAAAUACACAGAUCUGGACGGUAACAGGCAGAAUGUCGUCGAAAGUAUGAGCCCAGUGACAGCAGCUAGCGUACCUAGUCCUUCGAGUCCUCCGGAGAGCACGAAUAUCGCUGAAACGAAAACGUUGGACAUGUUGAAGGAAUCCGGUCAUGGUUCAAGGUCUAAUGUCGCAAGGUACAAUCAAACUAUUUUAUACGUAGAGAAUAACGAGAUAGAAUCAAUAAAGAUUAAAUUGAAAUUGUCUGUUUGUAGCCGCACGAGAUCAUUCACUGACUUCAACGUAGCACUUCCGGACACAGGAAAGGAUAAGAGUGUGCCAUCAAAUUCAGAGGAAUACGAACAGAAUUUAGAACUAAGUUCUGAGUUUGUAAACUCGGUUAAUAACGAACCGAGAUACAGUCCUUCGUUCGACGAAAACGCGCCCAAUUAUUCCAAAUUUGAGCAAAGCAACGAGCACAAUUCCUUCGUCUUCGUCGAUUGCAUGUCGAACAGCGGGACGAGUCGAUCUGAUCCGAGUUCACAAGCAAAGGCAGAAACGACGAUAUGUCAGAAGUCGAAGGAGACGUGUUCGAGCGGAAGCAAUCUAGUCGCCAAGUUCAAGCAAGAUCCCAAUCUGUUCACAAAAUUCAUCAACAAUCCAAAUUUAGUCGCCAAGAUACUUCAGGAUCAAAGGGUAAUAAUGAAGAUUAUGACGGAUCCCGAUAUGGCCACGUGCUUGGCGACGGAUCCGCAUAUCACGCAAUUCUUAGAGGAGAAUGGCGCGACUGAUACGAGCGACGGGCGUGGUCGUGACAACAAAACAGAAAAUCAGUCUCAGAAAGAAACUCCGUGGAAUAAUAGCUCGAAUAAUAAUAUCGCUAGAUAUACGCCUAAAUCCAAAAAGGGUCACAUCGAAAAUCCAAUCCUGACAGAUCUGAUUACGAAUCGUAAUACGGAAGAGUGUAAAAAUCAAAAUUCAGAACCUAGCGUAAGCACGGAUUGGAAUAAGAAUACAGCCGAUGUUACUAGAGAUGUUCUUCAAGAUGUUCAAAGGAUACCCAUCGCUGCCAAUUCUAUAGAGUCUAUCUUAUGCGAAGCUAUCAAAUUGGAAUAUUCAGCAUUUUCUAGUUUUGGUGGUAAUCAAAGCAGUAGAGAAUUAAAUGACGCCGAAAGAGCGAAAUUAAAUGAACUGAUAGUUGCUAAUAAGGCAUUAUUGGCUCCAUUAGACGAUGACAUAACAAAUUUGGUUGGCGAGGAAUGUAAAUUUAAGAAUAAUUUUGGGCAAUCUGAUCCAAUGUUGUUGGAUGUUAUAAAUUUAACGGCGAUAGCGAUUAGACGCUUGAUAAAGAUGUCCAAGAAAAUAAAUGCCUUCAAAAACAUGUGUCAGGAGGAUCAGUUGGCUCUACUGAAAGGCGGUUGUACGGAAAUGAUGAUUCUAAGAUCGGCCAUUAAUUACGAUCCAGAUAAAGAUAUGUGGAAGAUACCUCAUAGCCAAGAAAGUAUGUCCAAUAUCAAAGUUGACGUUUUGAAGGAAGCCAAAGGAAAUUUGUAUGCGGAGCACGCGAGAUUCGUCAGAACAUUCGAUCCGCGAUGGCGGGACGAAAACAUCAUCCUAAUUUUAAGUGCGAUCGCUUUGUUUACUCCCGAUAGACCGAGGGUUGUGCAUGGUGAUGUUAUUAAAUUGGAGCAGAAUUCAUAUUAUUAUCUGCUCAGACGGUAUCUGGAAAGUGUUUAUCCUGGCUGUGAGGCUAAAUCCACGUUUCUCAAGUUGAUACAGAAGAUUUCGGAACUCCAUAAAUUGAAUGAUGAGGUUGUGGGAGUUUACUUGAAUGUCAAUCCAUCCAGCGUAGAGCCACUCCUUAUAGAAAUAUUUGACUUAAAGCACUGAUGAUUAAUUAUCAUCAGCUAUACUAUUGUUUAGAAAUUUACGAAUAUCUGUUAAUGGAAAAUAAAAUUGAACUUCUCUGCAUUGCCUGUUUAUAAAAAUGUAAUGUAGCUGUAUAGCAAUACAAUUUUAAAUAUCUUUGAGUGAUAAAACGAAGACUACACAUAUAGAAUAUAAAAAUAGUUUAAUACAAUAUCGAAAUAAUCGAUAUAAAAAAAUUACAACAGGAAGAAAUAAAGCCAAUAUACAAUGUAGACAUUCUGCAUGACUAUAUGGAAGUGAUAUCAACAUUUUAUGACAAUUUAGUAAUAGCUCUUAUCGCAGUCAAUUUAAAUAAAUAAUGUUGAUUAAGAAUGGGAUAAAAAUAUAAUUAAUAUAGCAAUAUUUUGCUUCGUAAUAGGCAUAUAAUGUUAUAUCAUUAAACGCAUUUCGCAAAAUAUCCUUUCAAUUUAUAUCAUUCUCUUCGCGUACCAACAAUAAAUGUACGCGUACAACGACAGCAUAAUAACUUCUAAGUGAGUUUCAUGUUUUUUCUCGGGGGAUAGUUAAUAUAUAUUAAAAAUAUAUAUAUAUAUUUUUUUAACAAUCAAAUUUUACAAUUUAAAUAAUUAUAUGUUAUUUAUAUGGCAAGGCCUGUGCAUCUCACAAAUCUAUAUAUGUAUAUAUAAGAUCAUGUAAGUGUUGUUAAAAGUUUGUGCUUUGAGGGAUGUAUUGAAAAAACAAGAUUCAAUGCAAACCUGACCUUAUAUGAAUUAAGGUGAUUAUAAAUUUUAGCCAUAAUUAAGUGAGAUAAGAAGAAUAUUAUAUUUGUGCGCAUGUUGUAUGUACGCAUGUUACUGUUGCAAUGUAUAUGAGAUAAAUAUUGUGAUAUAUCCUGAUAUAAAUAUAUUUUUCAAAGAUA